GGGGGGAGAGAGAUUUCCUCCAACCACCGGCUCGACCGGUUCCCGGGACCCUGGGGAGGGGAGGUCUCGCCGCCGGCGGAGGGGCCCGGUCCCCUCUCGGGCCAUGUCCUUGCUCAGAGCGGCCGCUAUCGCAGGGGCCCGGCUCCUCGCCCGGAGCCGCUGGCGCUCGAACGUCUCAGUCACGGUCGGGAUGGGGAACAGGACAUCCUCUUCCAUGGAUAAAUCAGAAAUUGCUCCUAUAAAUCAGAUCCAGGAAACAAUUUCACAUAAUUGUGUAGUGAUCUUCUCAAAAACAUCCUGUUCUUAUUGCACAAUGGCAAAAAAGCUUUUCAAUGACAUGGAUAUAAAAUAUACUGCAGUGGAAUUGGACAUGCAUAAAUAUGGAAGCCAGUUUCAGGAUGCUCUUCACAAAAUGACUGGUGCAAGAACUGUUCCAAGAAUUUUUGUCAAUGGGACUUUUAUUGGAGGAGCAACUGAUACUCAUCGGCUUCACAAAGAAGUGAAUCUCCUCUGUAUCAUCCAAUAGAAGAUUCAUAUACUCAUCGAAACCAAUUAUGCAGCCCUCUAUUCGUGUAUUUACUUGCUCAUAUAGCCACACUUGGAUUUGGGACCAGUUUUGGAGAUACCUGAAGAUGAGCUUGAUGGGCUGUACCAUCACCUUCUGCACCUUCUGGCCCUGGUGGGAACGUACAAUGAGAGCACUGGUCACACUGUGCCUCUGGGUAGGCUUUUGAAAAUGACACUAGUAUCACACAAAUAACUGGGCUUAUUUAUUUAUUACUAAAAAAAGUAACUGAUUAAAUAGAGUAAAAUGUCACCUGGUUCUCCUCCUCCAACAGUUUCUUUAAUACAUAUUUAAAAAUUAUGUGAGAUGAUUCAAAAGAUAUGAAAGAAAUAAUCUUGUUUGACAGGAAGGUUGUCAAAACUAUUAAUAUCAAGCAAAGCAUAAAAUAGACAAAUGCCAAGUGUUAUGAAGUACAUUAAAUUGCAGUUCAAGCUGAGGAGUGGUUCCCUAUAGAGAGGCGGUCACUCUGUCUGCGUUAUAGAUGGCACUGUGCCAACUUCAUCAAGCCCUGUAAAAUUGCUAAGCCUUCUAAACGAGAUCUAUAAUCACCCUAAUAGUUCACACAGGGAAAACAAAAACAAGCUGAUAAAGAAUGCCUGUUCUCCAGUCUAUGAUCUGCAGUUACAAGAAAAAGCAAUAGAGCUCAUCCAUUAGUACACAAAUCUUGGCCAGAAACUACAAACAGAAAAUAAGCUGGGAGGAAGAAUAAAGGCUGGGUGACUUUCCUGAAACCGAAAAGCUAUUUUAAUGACCCUAAGCUUUUAUGUGAAACAAAGGAUCACUUUCUUAAUAUAAUUUUUCUUCUGAUAAAUGGUGAUAAGUCACAGAAUACUACAGUCUGCAAAGAAUUAAACUGAAGUUCAUUCAAAAGGCAAUAAAGAAGCACAUAUUUGGUAUGAACAGAAUAGAACAUAUUAUAAACAAGGCAAUAUGAAAAAGUGAUAUAAAGGAUGUCAUCAAAGAAAUAUGCACGUGAAAAAGAAGACAGUUGGUCAUAUGGUAAAAGGGAAAGAUAACUAAUAGAGAGCAUAUAUGUUUCAUUCAUGUUCUUAUGAGGUCAAGAGACGGCAAGGAAAAGUCCCAAGAAUAAUUAGGUAUCCUCAAACUUAUAAGAGAAGAUGAAGAAUCACAAAGUGUAUAUAGGAAUGGAAGAGCUAUAGUCUACAUCAAUGAAGUGAGAUCCAUAUCGAUAAUAUUGCAGAUCUGAGUUCAUAAGCAUUGAUUUAUAUUUUCCCCUCCAAAUUUGAAAAAUGUUAAUUUGCUAUGAUUAGAUAAUUAUAUUAAUAUUAAAUGUGGAUUAGCAAAUCAGUUUUGAAUUUUAGUCCUGGCAUUUAAAUCAGCAUUCUAUGAAGACAAAUUUUAGUGUAAUAUUGAUAUAUUUAGUAACUACAUUUUUUAAAAAUGACAUUCUUGCUACCCUUCUCUGGGAAUGGCAGUAAGCACAACAAAGAUAUCCUUAUACUCUAAAGUCUGGUUGCCAGGAUGAAACAGAACAUUUUAUCAUGUCAAUAUUCCUCAAAUUUGAAGCUAGCUAAUUAAACAUAGAAUUCUACUUUACCAAUUUAAUUUCAUAUUGGGUGUAUUCUAAUAUUUUAGCAUACCCUAUAGUAUUUGAGCAAAUUUCAAAGUCAAUGGUUAGAAUACCUUGGUACAGAAAUUAUGUAUCUUAAACUGAUUUGAAGUCCAAUAAGUACUUUGUCUGCACGCAGAUAAACUAUGUUUAAAAAAAAAAUUUUAGGGGAGAAAUAAAAAAAUCACAUGAGCUAAAAAAAAUUCAAUGUCAUCAAAAUUGGUCAGCUCCAUGGCUAAAAUUUACAAGUUAGUAAUGGUAUUUCAGUAAUAUUAAAUAACAUUAUAUCUUUACUAUGUCUUUUUAAAAAUUUGAG